CAGCCGGCGAGCGCUGGGUUAGCCGUCGGUCCGCCGCUUCAGUGCAGUGCGGCGCGCACCCCGGCUGGACAACCGUGACCACCGCGAGCCAAGCUCGCCCUCGGCGCGCGAGUUUGGCCACGGGCCUGCGUCACCGCGCGGUGCCUCGCUGCGCAGAACGGGCCCACCGCUAGCCCGCAGCCAUGAGACUGCUGCGGGCGGUGUCGUGGCUGCCCCUCCUCAUGGCGGAGAGUGGUGCUCGGCGCGCGGCGGCCUCCAGGCCGGCGUGCCCCAGUGGCCCUGAAUCCAAGAGAAUGAAGCUAAAUGACGAAGAAAGGACAUCACAACUGGACCCUCUGCUGAAGUCUGGGUGGAAGAAAACAGAUGGCAGAGAUGCCAUUGAAAAGCAGUUUGUCUUCGCCGAUUUCAACCAGGCGUUCGGCUUCAUGAGCCGGGUGGCGCUGAAGGCGGAGAAGAUGGACCACCACCCGGAGUGGUUCAACGUCUACAACCGGGUGACGGUGACGCUGUCGACGCACGACGUCGGCGGCCUCAGCGCCAAGGACGUGACGCUGGCGCAGUUCAUCGAGACGGCCUCCGCCGCCGCCAAGUAGAGCCGCCACCAUGGAGCGCCUCCGGGGCCGACGGCCGCCGGAGCCAGGGGGGGGGGGGGGGGGCGCCCCCGGGGCUGCUACCGUCGGGGACCACUGCCAGGAGCGCCUACCACCGCGAGACGCCGGGCGUGGGGCGGCUCCUGGUGCCCAGUCGCAGCCGCGAGAGGCCAAUUCGGUCGCUCGGCGGGGAGCGAGCUGAGGGGCAGAGGUGAGGGUGAUGGAGGACGCCGAGUCGGAUGCAGACACUCCGCGAGGGACGGACCAGUGUCGGCCCAGCGGCGGGAGGGCGUGGACGAAUGGGACCAAACACGUGAUUGAUAUUACCUGUAUUUCGAGACUCAAGCAACUAAAUGUUCCAAUGUCGUC